CCGAAGUUUGUGUCGCUUUCUCUACAGGGACGAGUCAGGACCAAGACGGUGAAAAAGGCCAGCCGGGUCAUCAUUGAGAAGUACUACACCCGCCUGGGCAAUGACUUCCACACCAACAAGCGGGUGUGCGAGGAGAUCGCCAUCAUCCCCAGCAAGAAGCUGCGCAACAAGAUCGCUGGGUAUGUCACCCAUCUGAUGAAGCGGAUCCAGAGGGGUCCUGUGAGGGGCAUCUCCAUUAAGCUGCAGGAGGAGGAGAGGGAGAGGAGGGACAAUUACGUCCCCGAGGUCUCUGCCUUGGACCAGGAGCUCAUCGAGGUCGAUCCUGACACUAAGGAAAUGCUGAAGCUGUUGGACUUUGGCAGCCUGUCCAACCUGCAGGUCACCCAACCCACAGUCGGAAUGAACUUCAAGACACCGCGAGGGGUGUGAGACUUUGUGACAUUUGUCUUAAUAAAGAAAAUAUAAAACUGUC